AUGACAGAAGAGGUUCAACAGCUAUCGACAGGCGACAAAUAUUUCAUCGAGCAAAGAAGUCUGAUAUUACAAGAGAUCAACGAAAGCAUGGAUGCCAUUUUGAAUCAAUUAAAUGGGUUAAACAUUACCCUUGAAAAUAGUAUAGCAGUCGGGAAGGAAUUUGAAAACGUAUCACAGAUAUGGAAACUGUUCUAUAAUGGGCUUGAGUCUGAAGAACAGAAUAUGGAGACGGUAGGAGUAGCAGAUUCUGAACAUAUUACGGAGGAUGUCAAUCCUGAAGGGAAAUAG